UGGGAGCCAUAAGUUUAACUCUUAUUGGUGUUCUUUUUGUUAUAAAUUGCUCUGCAGAAGUCAGUGACAAUCGAGAAUUUUUUGUGAACAACUACUCCUGGAAAAGAAAUCCAAGAAAUUCUGACAAAAACAUAACUCCGAUAAUUAGAUUGAUGAACAAUAACAAUAACAAUAACAACUUCAACCCGAAGAAAAAUGGAAAAAUUGAGACCAAAGAAAAGAAUGGAAACAAGAGCUUUGAAAUCAAACUAAAAAAAGGGAUGAAAAUGAAAAAAAUACUAAAAAUAAAGAAUGAAAAUAAGAGAUUUGUUAACAAAAUCACAGAGAAGAGAAACAAAAAGGUUUCAGCCUCAAAGGAUUUGGAGACAGCAGAGAAAUCAGUACGAGCAAUUGACGAUCAAUGUAUAAAGGAUCUUGUUGAGCUUGCGGGUAUAUUUGGUAACCAAGCUAGAAACUUCUAUCAGAUAGCUACUCGAGCACUCUCUGCCUACUAUAUGAAGGGAAAUAAGUCUGAAAAGAGCGGUGACUUUAAGGAUCCCUUGGCUAUCCUCGUAGGUAAUCUUGGAGGAGAUUCUGCUGACCUAAAAUGCUCUGGAAAAUCUAUUAGAAAUGAUUCAAUUACAGGAGCGUGUCCAUAUAAACAGGCGCGUAGUGAAGGUUUAGUCUAG